UUGCGGUUGAUACUAUAUAAAGCACGGUUUCCGCAUUGGGAAUCAUUUACGCCGGUGUUGCGACAGUGGGAAGAAGUCCACGCCACUUUUUCCCGAGAAUUCCUAUAAAUCCGUGGUAAACGCAAGCAGAAAUGGCACGGCAACCAACGAUGGCAGUUUCUCUGGUGGAGUCGAACCCCCAACCCUCGGGUCUGCAACUGGUCAACAGCUACAAGACCAACCGCAUGGGCGACCCCCACGACCUAGUUGAACUGGCCACACAGGUGCAGAAGGCGGAUGAGUUCACGCGAGCCAACGCGACCAACCGUCUCCAGACGAUCGCGGAACAGAUCAAGUUUCUCCAGGAGCAGGCCAGGAAGGUUCUGGUGGAAGCCAAGCGAGAUGCGGAGUUGCAUCACGCCGCCUGCAACUUCAAAAAGAUCCCGGGGAAAAUCUACUACCUGUACAAGAGACAGUCCGGACAGACCUACUUCUCCAUGCUCAGUCCUACGGAGUGGGGCCCGACGUGUCCGCACGAGUUCCUGGGCGCGUACCGUCUGGAGUACGAUAUGUCCUGGACACCGUCCGACAAGAUUCAGCAGAGGGACGACGACAUCUCCACCAUCGACACAACCAUCGACAGACUCCUCAACACCAAGGAGGCCAUCACGUGGGCUGCUGACAAAACCAAGCCUGACUAUCAGGAUUAGUUACAGUUAACGGACACUCAUUUGUCAUGUUUUAGAAAAAACACCAGAAAAUAAUCUAGGAAACACCACCUUGCCACCAUCGACACAACGAUCGACAGACUCCUCAACACCAAGGAGGCCAUCACGUGGGCCGCUGACAAAACCAAGCCUGACUAUCAGGACUAGUUAUACUUUAUAGACACUCGUUUGUCAUGUUUUAGAAAAAACACCAGAAAAUAAUCUAGGAAACACCACCUCGCCACCAUCGACACAACCAUCGACAGACUCCUCAACACCAAGGAGGCCAUCACGUGGGCCGCUGAUAAAACCAAGCCUGACUAUCAGGACUAGUUAUAGCCAAUGGACACUUUUUUGGGUCAUGUUUUAGAAAAAAGCACAUCUAAAAGAACACCACCUCUCUGCCAUCGACACAACCAUCGACAGACUCCUCAACACAAAGGAGGCCAUCACGUGGGCCGCUGAUAAAACCAAGCCCAACUACCAGGAUUAGUUACUGUUAACAGACACUUUUUUUGUCAUUUUAUAGAACAAAGCUCCUCCAACAAGUCUUUUAGUGUUUUAGAGAAAAGCUCAUCUAAGAAAACACCACUUCUCCGCCAUUGACACAACCAUCUACAUACACGAAGGAAGCCAUUUCAUGGGCUGAUGACAAAACCAAGCCUGACUAUCAGGACUAGUUAUAGUUUUAGGCACUCGUUUUGGCGCGUUUUAGA